AUGUUUCUUGCACAUAGGAGUUCUUUAAAAGAUAAAGAAAGAACUUGCUUUGAAGUAACAUUUAAUAUGAAGACCUUAGAUACUAUUCGCGCAAAAGUUGUAAAGUAUUUGAAAACAAAGGAUCAAUAUCAGCUGGUGGAAUAUCUUCAACAAGGCGAGGCAAAAGAAAAAGAUGGCAUGGGAUGA